AGAGUCGAGUGAACUAUACGAAAGUCCACGAAAAAUUGUGGGAGUUGCCAGCCUGUAGUCGGCAUUCUUCACUAAUUUACACUUUCUUUGACUCAUGUAAACAGAUUCAAGACGGAACUUUGUACUGCUUUGUACCGCGCCUUGUGAAAGGGUUAAUUGCAAUUCUUGACCGGCUUGAACAAUAUUUGAAUUAUUUAAAAAAUACAAUGUCGCUUUAUGAUGCUCGUCAGUUUUUUGGUAAUAUUAAUGCUCGCUACGCAAUAUCUAUACCUUCGAUAAGCCUGUCCAAAACACAGAAGAUUCUUAUAAUUUGCUUAACUGGAGGUUCAUUGCUGCUUGGUGGACUGGCACAGUUCUUAAAGAGACGACGGCGACAUCCCCCAGCGUCAUCACGUAGACAUAUCAGAGAGUUACGACAGAGAUACAUGAACUCCGAAGCUUCUAAUAUUGAUGCAGUAUCGCAGGCUUCAUGGGCAAGAAGGAGCGAAGCUAGUACUAGGAGUCAUGUAAGUGAUCGUGCUUCACUUCUAUCAUCUGUUCCUGGUGGCUUAGAUGGAGAUGUAAAGCUAACGCCCCAACAGUAUGGAGUCCUUGGGCUGGAGGCACUUGAGAAGGCCCUUUAUUGCUGGGAGGAUGCACUUACGGCCUUCAGUUCAUCCCUCAGCAACGAUGCACUUGCACUUCCAUCCAAGGCCGAUGCAGCAUUCACGCAUGAUGUACAGGAACUUCUCGACUUGGGCUAUCAAAUACAGAGUAAUGCUGAGCUCCUAUUUAUUGAUCAGCAUUCUGUGCUCUUCCGAAAUGAGAGUGAGGUCAGCGAGGAGAGUUAUAAACGUUCAGCAGCUGGAACACGGUUAUCGGCUAAGGACAAAGCUGAAGUUGCAUCGUCGCCGGAGUCGUUUGCGUCUGCAAGAGACGGCGUGGCAGACUUACGCGAGUUUGAGGAAUUUUCAAAAUUCUUUUCUCACCUCGAGGAACGAAAAUUAUACCACACUGCGCUAAAAUUGCACGCAGACAAAGGAAUUCCAUGCAGGAGAUUUCACACGGAGCUUGUGAAGUGUGGAUCAGAUGUAGAAUAUUUGGCUAAGGUUCACUGUUUGCGUGAAGCGUUCUCCAGGCUCUUUAGUAGGUCGGCUGCUGCCUCAUGGAUAGCGGACGUAGGUCGCCAGGUCAUCAGCGACCUAAUAGUUUAUGCAGACAGAGAUCCAAAGGAAUACUUGACCCACUAUGAGAGAAUGAUGGAGUUCCUACAGAAUCCUAACUCUUAUGCUAUGAUGCAGGAAGAAUUAUUUAAUCGUGGUGUUAAGUGCAUUAAUUUCUAUGAUGUUCUCAUAGACUUCAUUCUGUUGGAUGCAUUCGAGGAAAUUGAAAAGCCACCAUCAUCAAUCAAGGCUAUACUUCAGAAUAGGUGGAUUUCUGCAAGCUUCCGAGAAACAGCCAUCGGCACAGCUGUCUGGUCUGUUCUCAUGGGCAAGCGUCAAAUGCUGAAAUACGAUCGUGGCUUCCUAGCACAUUUUUACUCAAUCUCAGAACAAGUCUCACCGGUCCUGGUUUGGGGCUUCUUAGGUCCCGAAGGAAGUCUUCGUUCUACAUGCCAUUACUUCCGGGACCAGGUAAACGAGUUCCUAGAGGAUAUAUUUAAUUUCUUCAAAGUCCGAUACACGAACGUUGAUGAUCUCGCAGAUGAUAUAUUGCGUCAGAUGAAAUCUACAGUAGAGAACAUUAAUCAAAGAUUAUCGUUAGAAGGCUGUUAAUUAUUCUCGUCCUAUUACAGUACACUCUCACAAUACCGAUCAUUGUACUGUAGUAUGAUAAUAGAACAAAUUAUAUAUUGAAUUCUAAAAUUAGGGAAAAAGAGAAAGACGUGUAACUCGCUAUUAUUCCAGCAUACAUGGUACUAUUAGUAUUAGGAUAUGCUUUACGCAUUUAUAGUGAAAAUGCAUUCAUCCGCAAUAAGUAUAACUAAUUAAGUAUCAAAUGUAAUUAUUGGAGAUCAAACAGAAUAAUGUAUUUAUAUAUUAGAUAAUGGACAAACACCUUUUCUUGAAGAUUAUUUUACUUCUCGUGUAACAGCGAAAUUUUUUACGCAUUCUAUACUCAGCGACAUAGACGUGGGGUGAAUUCCACGACUGAACCAUAGUUAAGGUUUUUGAAUUUCAUUGGCUAAUGAUAGAAAAUAGCCAACGCAAUUAGCUGAAAUUUAAUAACAGUAAUCAUGGUUCGUUUAUGGAAUAUACUCGUAGAUAGAUUGUUUAGAAUAGCUUCUAAAUAAGUCAAUUCUGUUAUUUGUAGAUUGUCUCAGUAAUAAUUUUGACAAUGCAUUUAACACGGAACAUUGUUCAUAAAAAGAGUUUUCUCUUUACUUGUGAAUAAUACAUGUAUCAUCACUUGUUUUAACAUGUUUCGCGUUGGUACGGGUGUCUAGUCCAAUCGUGCAUGCGUUGAUUGGAGGUCAGAAUAUUUUAUAAUUUUUAUGUUACGAUAAUUAACAUUCCAUACCUUUUUCUAAUGUUAUGGUAUUAGAAAGAUUAUUAUCAAAAACUGUUGUUCUUUAUUGUUGUCAACAUAAAGAAUAUAACAGAGAUACUAUUUUGUUUUUGAUUUUCCUCUCUAAAAUUUUGAACCUUUUUUGUAAAGACUGCGUAUGAGAGGCUAUAAAAUGUAAAAGGAACUUUAUACAUCUAUAUUAAAUCAUUAAUACUGCAACUGUCUAUUUGUAUUGUAUAGAAAUAAAAUGCUCUGAGAUAUGUA